AUGAAGAAGUAUUUUACCCCAAUAUCGAAAUCAAGUUUAGCCUCUCAUAGUCAUAGUCAAUCUAACCAAGAAGAAAAUGUCAAUCAUUCUGAAGUACCAUCACAUUCUUCUCAAGAAUUUGAUUUGAGUACUUUAAAGUUUGAUCCCGGUGAAAGAACUCCAAUAUUGAAUUAUCAUCCAAAUCAUCGUGAUGUUAUUAGAAGGGCAUACCUUGUGAAUGGUCCUUGUCAACCUCGCUUGGAGGUGCAUGAGUACCCUCAAACAAAUAUUUCUGGAGCAAUGCGUCGUUUUAAUCAUGAAUGGUUUGAUGAUGUAUAUCAUGAUUGGUUGGAGUACAGUGUUAGUAAAGAUGCAGCCUAUUGUUUGUAUUGCUAUCUAUUUAAAGAUCACAAUAUUAAUCAAGGUGGAGGCGAAGUAUUUUCAUGUACAAGAUUUAAGAAUUGGAAUAAAAAGAGUGGUCUUGACAAGCAUAUUGGUCUGCAGAAUAGCCCACAUAAUCGAUCAAAAAAGAAAUGUCAGGAUUUACUACGGCAACAACAGUCGAUUCAAUAUGCAUUUGAGAGACAAUCUAAUCAAAUUAAACAUGGAUAUUAUAUCCGCUUAAGUGUUUCGGUUGAUGUAGUAAGACUUCUCAUAACUCAAGGACUUGCAUUUCGAGGUCAUGAUGAAUCUAAAUCAUCACUUAGUAGGGGUAAUUUUCUUCAUAUUCUCUCGUGGUAUGCAAAAAGAUGUGAUAAAAUUAGUGAUUAUGUACUUGAACAUGCCUCUCAAAAUGAUCAAAUGACUUCUCCAAUAAUUCAAAAAGAUAUUGUAACUGCAUGCAAGAUAGAAACAGUUAAAGCUAUUCUCGAGGAACUAAAUGGUGACUACUUUGUCUUACUAGUUGAUGAAUCUUUUGAUAUUUCACGCAAGGAGCAAAUGGCUAUUGUAUUACGAUAUGUUGAUAGAAUGGGAUUUGUGAUGGUGCGACUUAUUGACAUUAUUCAUAUUCAAGAUACUAGUGCAUUAUCCUUGAAAGAGACAAUUAUUAAUUUACUUGCUCAACAUUCUUUGAGUCCAUCACGUGUGCGUGGACAAUAUUACGAUGGGGCAAACAAUAUGCAAGGUGAGGUCAAUGGACUUAAAAUGUUGAUUAGGCAAGAAAGUAGAUCGGCUCAUUCAAUACAUUGUUUUGCUCAUCAACUUCAACUAACUCUUGUUGGGGUCUCUAAAAAGUGUGUUGAAGUGGGAAAACUUGUAGUAUUGGUCUCAAAUAUUUUUAAUGUAUUGGGAUCUUCUUUUAAGCGUAUGGAUGAUUUACGAGAUUCUCAAAAAGCAACAAUUCAAGAUGCAUUAGAUAUGGGUGAAUUGACAAUCGUUCUUGAAUCACUUGCUCUUGAUGCACGAAGUAUGGAUGAAAGAGCCAAGGCAAUGGGACAUCUUGAAUCUUGUCAAACAUUUGAGGUUGCGUUCAUGUUGCAUUUGAUGAGAGAUGUAUUAGCAAUCACAAAUGAGCUCAAUAAAUGCUUACAAAGAAAGGAGAAAGAUGUUGCAAAUGCUAUGCUACUUGUUAAAGUAGCAAAGAAAAGGUUGCAAGUUUUAAGGGAUGAUGAAUGGAAUUCUCUUAUUGCUAAGGUAUCUAUAUUUUGUACCAAACAUGAAAUUUUGAUACCUAACUUUGAGGAGCCAUAUGUUAGCUCUUUAAGAUCACGGCGAAGACUUGCUCACUAUACAGUCUUACAUCAUUAUCAUGUUGAAGUGUUUUGCAAUAUUAUUGAUUGGCAACUUCAAGAGCUUAAUAGUCGUUUUAAUGAGGUAUCUAUUGAUUUGCUCCAUGGAAUUGCUUGUUUGAAUCCAAUUAACUCGUUUUCAAGUUUUGACAGCAAAAAAAUAAUGAGGAUGGCCAGAUGA